UGUUACCAAAAUCAAUAUUAAAAGUUGUUGUGAAGAUCUUAUUCAAAUGACCAAGGGGAAGAAAAGAGUAAAAGAUACAUCUACUAACUUAUGCUCCACUGCCUCAAGAUAUGGGCAUUUAGAGUGUUUGAUAUUUGCUCGUCAGAUGCAAUGUUAUUGGGAUAGUAGGACAUGUUCUGUAGCAGCCAGAAAUGGCUAUCUUGAAUGUUUAAAAUACGCCCAUGAAAAUGGAUGCACUUGGAACCAAAACACAUGCUCUAAUGCAGCGUAUAGAGGACAUAUUCAUUGUUUAAGAUAUGCACAUGAAAACAAUUGUCCAUGGACUGUAAAAACAACAAACUGUGCUAUAAAAAAUGGUAAUUUCGAUUGCUUAAUAUAUGCCCAUGAAAAUGGAUGUCCAUUGGAUCAAUGGGCAGGUUUAACAGCAGCUUCCAACGGACAUGUAAACUGUUUGCAAUAUGCUCAUGCUAAUGGUUGCAAUUGGGACUUUUUUAUAUGUGCUAUGGCUGCAGAUGGUGGACAUUUAAAAUGUUUAAAAUAUGCUCAUGAAAGUGGUUGUUUAUGGAAUUUUUCGACCAGUUUCAACGCAGCAAGAAAAGGACAUUUUCUCUGUUUGAAGUAUGCUCUUGAUAAUGGAUGUCCAUGGAACUACCUUGUAACCUAUGGUGCUGUACUCAGCGGAAAACUUAACUGCUUAAAAUACGUUCUUGAAACAAGAGGUCCAUGGAAUGAUCAAUUAUCCUUAAUUGCUGCAAGAGAAGGACACCUUAACUGUUUAAAAUACAUUCAUGAACAAGGAUUGCCUUGGAAUGAAAGAGUUUGUGCAGUAUCUUAUGAUAAAAGACAUUUAAAUUGUUUAAUAUAUGCUCGUAAAAAUGGAUGUCCUAUGGAUAAAGGUACACGCAAGCGUAUUAUCAAAGAUAAACGAUUAAAAAAAAUAACAAAAAUGAUACUUUUAUAUCCAAAUAAAAAAUUGGCGUAUCAUGCUUGCGAUAAUAGAGAUAAACACUGGUAUAACACUAUUCCCAAAAAUGUUACCAAAAUCAAUAUUAAAAGUUGUUGUGAAGAUCUUAUUCAAAUGACCAAGGGGAAGAAAAGAGUAAAAGAUACAUCUACUAACUUAUGCUCCACUGCCUCAAGAUAUGGGCAUUUAGAGUGUUUGAUAUUUGCUCGUCAGAUGCAAUGUUAUUGGGAUAGUAGGACAUGUUCUGUAGCAGCCAGAAAUGGCUAUCUUGAAUGUUUAAAAUACGCCCAUGAAAAUGGAUGCACUUGGAACCAAAACACAUGCUCUAAUGCAGCGUAUAGAGGACAUAUUCAUUGUUUAAGAUAUGCACAUGAAAACAAUUGUCCAUGGACUGUAAAAACAACAAACUGUGCUAUAAAAAAUGGUAAUUUCGAUUGCUUAAUAUAUGCCCAUGAAAAUGGAUGUCCAUUGGAUCAAUGGGCAGGUUUAACAGCAGCUUCCAACGGACAUGUAAACUGUUUGCAAUAUGCUCAUGCUAAUGGUUGCAAUUGGGACUUUUUUAUAUGUGCUAUGGCUGCAGAUGGUGGACAUUUAAAAUGUUUAAAAUAUGCUCAUGAAAGUGGUUGUUUAUGGAAUUUUUCGACCAGUUUCAACGCAGCAAGAAAAGGACAUUUUCUCUGUUUGAAGUAUGCUCUUGAUAAUGGAUGUCCAUGGAACUACCUUGUAACCUAUGGUGCUGUACUCAGCGGAAAACUUAACUGCUUAAAAUACGUUCUUGAAACAAGAGGUCCAUGGAAUGAUCAAUUAUCCUUAAUUGCUGCAAGAGAAGGACACCUUAACUGUUUAAAAUACAUUCAUGAACGAGGAUUGCCAUGGAAUGAAAGAGUUUGUGCAGCAUCUUAUGAUAACAGACAUUUAAAUUGUUUAAUAUAUGCUCGUAAAAAUGGAUGUAGUAUGGAUAAAGGUACACGCAAGCGUAUUAUCAAAGAUAAACGAUUAAAAAAAAUAACAAAAAUGAUACUUUUAUAUCCAAAGAAAUAAAAUUACUCAUUAGAUAGUUUUACUGUUGUUGUAGUAUUGUAGAUAGCGGUCAAUAAAUGUAUAAUUAUUGUUUCUUUCAAUAUUUUGAAUUUCACUGAAAUUAUUUAAUAUUCAUAACACUAUAAGAUACAAUUAAGUAUAAUAUUGUAUAAAUUUAAUAUUCUAU